AUGCCGCCAAUAUCAAUGGCACCAUCUGCGGCAGUGGUGAUAACACAAGGUGAUAUUGUAUUGUCUGAUCCUGCAUUGCCUGAGAAUCAGGGCAGACUACUUCGUGAUUCAACCGUAUAUAACUACUAUGUUCCGGCUAUCCUGACGUUCAUUUCUAUUGUCUACUUGAGUGUUUAUAUCUACAAAACAAUCCACUGGUACCGUAUGAAACGCCGGAAACGGAAGCAACGACUAAACCGCUAUCGAAUCCAUCAAUACUGGAAAAAACGCAUGAUAGCUCUCCAAAUCAACCAGUCCAAUCUUCCUCCUCCAAUCAAGUCCUCAUUUGCACUACCUAGAUCCCAAUCUUCACCUUGUAAAUCAUUUUAUACCAGCGAUCCCGUCUCAUGUUCUACACUUGGAGGCUUACAAAGACCCCAUUCAAUGCUCGGGACGAUUACAUCUGCUAAUUCACUGCCUUCGCAUAUGACAUCCUACCAGUUGGUCACUAGAGCCGAUUCGAUUCAUAUUCCUGCCCCAAGUGCAUGUUCAUUUGACGAAAAGGGAACUACUGCUACUGAACUUUCGCCUACAUUCACUGCCCACACCAAUUUUGACUGUAAAUCAAAAAAACUAGCUCACAAUGAUCGGUCACAGUAUCGGCACACUCCAAAAAUAUUCAAAGGAAAAGACGAGCGACAGAUGGAGCUAUGGAAGUGGGGUGUUUCGAUGGGCUAUUGUCACUAUGCUCAUGGAAAGCUCUUGAAUGAUUUGAUUGCUGAACUUCAAAAGCGUGACCAAGAGACUGUCCUGACAGGGUCUAUCGACGAAAUGACUCCGAAAAAUGAAAUGAAAUAA